AAUGUAUUUCAAAUUGAUAAAAAUUUUAAUAAGAUGCCUUAGUUUGGUUGCCAGUAUAAAAGUUCCUUUGAAGUUUAAGGAUUAUUAUACUCCGUUUUGGUUUAUGUUCAAUUGUUGAAUCGUCAUAAAGAGAUACAAAGAAGUCUUUCCGUGUGUAUGUGAUUCUGACAUGAAUAUGGGCUGGAAAGUUAAAUAAUAAUUUCUUGAUAGGUUGACUUUAGCACUUUUUAUUAUUAUACUUCUCAUCUGUUUAAAAUAUGGUUUAAAACAAAUACUUGGAACGCAUAAGGGUGGGGCAGACCUGCUGGACAAGCUAUCUUUAAAAAUGGAGAAAGGAUCCAAUCUCCCACCAUAUCCUGGUCCUCAGAUGAACCAAACCAACAUGCCUUACCAAAUACAACCUGUUGCAUACCAGCCUCAACCAGGGCCGGUGGCAUUCCAGUCUGCAUCAACACCUGUCACAGUGACGCAGGUGGUGAUCGUGCCACCGAGUUUAUCUGAUGUCCCGGGACAGAUGAAAUGCCCUCACUGCCAGCAGCAGAUUGUCACAGAGACCAGAUACAUCAACGGCCUGCUUACCUGGGCCAUCUGUGGAGGUCUUGGCAUCCUAUUGAUCUGGCCAUGUUGUCUGAUUCCAUUCUGUGUGGAUUCCUGCAAAGAUGUUGAACAUCGCUGUCCAAACUGCAAGAGUGUCGUCUAUCUGUACAAACGCAUGUAGCUCGCUUUAUAACAGAGAAAAUCCAGACUGAUUUUCGGAACACAGCAAUAUCCCCAGUGUUAAAUUAACAGCUCUCUGUGUUCAUAUGGGAACCACCAGCAGGGUGUUAAAGUAACAAUGAAGCAAUGGCCCUGGACAAACCCAGCCCAUGCAGCCCAUGAGUUCCACAGUGAAUGUUUUUGCUGGGGUUAGGGCCUUAAAUUGGAGUAAAUUAAUUAAUAAAUAAAACAAGGACAGUGAAAAAUAAUGAUGGAUAUUAUUGAAUUUACAACAAAUGCAGUUAAAAAAUGUAAUAUUGCACUUUUGUCACAUAGAAAUGCACUAUGGGAGUAAAGCACUGAUUUUUCACUGGGGAAUGGGAGAAUUUGACAGAAUUGUGUUUGUCUUUCCUGGAUAUCUAUAUACAUCUUUUAAUGUAAAAUAUUAAAGUAUGUUUUAAAUUUAAA